UCGCGCAGUGACCGUCUGGCGACAUAUCCCUCACGUGACUUGGAUCCGCGACGGGCGAGCAUCCUCGUCCGUCCUUAGAUAAUCCAUGAAGGCCUACUGCAUGAUCAAGAUGCUCGUGGUGCUUGCCGCCGCCAUGACGUGUGUGGCACAGUCGUCGACGCAGUCUCCCACAGUCACGACAGCGAGUGCACCGACGACACAAUCCAGUCCUACUACGUUAACUCCGGUCACACCACCGCCGACAGACACUACAUCGACCCCUCCUUCGUCCACGUCGGCUACGACAAAACCAUCACCAACGACGUCAAUACCUCCCGCUACCUCGAACCUCCCAACUACACCUGUGAUUCCCAUCAGCGUCAAACCAGGCUCGUCCGCGCCUACAAUCCCUCCGAACGGAGGCUCUAUCAUCUCGUCCAUUCCAACGCCACAGAUUCCAUCCUCCAUGGACGAACUCGCGCAAUCGUUGACGCCAACCACGACUCACCGUCCAUCACCCAACUCGUCGUCGAAUACAACGUCCACCGACACGUCGUCUCCAGAAUCUUUCUUCCGUAUCGACAACGGCGCGAUGUGGGGUGCCUUUGCCGGUGCAACGUUCAUAGGCGCCGUCAUUGUCGUGGUCCUCCUCCGGCAAUCCAACAAUCCCCACAACGGCGACCGGUCGUCCAGUCCAUACUCCCCGGCCCGGCCAAAGCACACGAAUGGCAACAGCGCCGCGGACAAGCGGCCGUGGCAAACUCCUGGCGUCGUGCAAACAUUAGAGCCCAGUUGCGCGCCCCCGACCAUUCCGGUCACUGUCAAGUCGGUGCCGCAUGCAUAUCCGCCUCCGCCGCCACAACAAUCGUCCCGUCAAUACACCCCACCGUCACAGCAGCACUCGCCCAUGUACCACGGCAAUGCUCAAACGCCGAUGGCUAGAGUCAACCGCAAGCAGUCGGCGGUGCCGAUGUUGGAACCGACAUAUCGUGGUCGAGGUGAUGACGAAGACGGCUAUGACAACCACGACCGAUACUCGUUCGAAUCGGACGACAUGAAUAUUCGCCAUACCGCACCAGGAGACAAGAUUCGCAGUCAAGGGGGACGCCACGAGAACUGGGCCACUGGCAUGACCUCACACAAACGAAAAGUGUCGGUCGCGGACUCGGAAGGCGACAUUGGCGACGCCCGCAUGAGUUAUGCUAGCACGGCCAUGUUUGAGCGCGAUUCGACCGCCACGAGCCGUUAUUCGAAUUCGUUUACGGGUGGCCCGCCGCCGAUGGUUCCAGGGCAACCAUCGCGACUGCCGGUCCGCGACUCGUACGAACUGUAGGGCGAAGAAUGAUCCCGUAUUUAAGUGGUUGUCGAGUGGAACGGUUCGAGCACGGCAGUCCAUUCUGGUACAGCCCUCAACACCGAACCAUGUCGUGAGUUGUACGAGUGGCUACAGAGUGCAUCCAUGGAAAACUGAAUCGGGUGGCGGCGGCUGGGGAAUUGUAGCGGUUCGGGAAACCGAACGAAGCGGCUCGAGACCCGCCGAUGUGGCUGGACGAGUUUUGUUGCAACACGUCUUGCCGUCGGCCCGGCAACAAGC